AUGACGGUAGAGUUACAAUCCCACCCAAUUCCUUUGCCGGUAUGGCCAUCAAGAUCAGGAUGGCGAAAGUCUCAAUUGAAGCCAUCGAAGAUCUUUUCACACGAACUAAAAAUUCGUCUUUGGGACGAGCACCAAAAUCGACCUGAUGGAGCUGUGGUAGAAUGUCCGAUGAGUAGCAAGUUAUCCCAAAUCAGCAGUAGAUACGGGAAGCAGUGGUACAACUUAUUCUUGAUGUUCGACAAGGGCUCUAAGAUAAACAUGGAAGGAUGGUUCUCAAUCACGCUGGAAGCCGUCGCAAAGCAUUUGGCGCGGCAUUGUUGCAGAACCAACGGUGAUGGCACGAUCAGGGACUGUAUUAUCAGAGUGGGAGGAAACAUGAUCCAGUUAACGCAGACGAAAUGUUAA